GGGCCGGGGCCGCCGCCUGCCUCCCCUCUCACGCGCCGCCCUCCCAGGGAAAGGGGUUUUUAAGAGCGCCCCGCUCGCUCCCGGGCGAGAGCAUUUUGAACACACAGUGCCGCUCUGAUAUUUUCUUAGUUGCAUUCAUUCUCUCUCUACCGAAGUAAUCAUGUCUUGGGAUUCGUACAUCACCUCCAUCCUCUCCAGCAAGGACAUCACCCAGGCCGCCAUCCACGGCCAUGAUGGUUCCGUCUGGGCCACCUCCUCCGGCUUCAACGUCACCCCCGCUGAGGUCAAGGCUGCCCUCGACACCAUGAACGGCUCCAACACCACCGGUACCGUCAACCUGGCUGGCGUCAACUACAUCCUCCUCCGCUUCGAGGACAAGUCCGUCUUCCUGAAGAAGGGCAAGGAGGGCGCCGUCAUCGCCAAGACCGACCGCGCCGUCAUCAUCGGCACCUACGGUGAUGGUGUUUCCCCCGGUAACGCCAACGUCGCCAUCCUCAAGAUGGCUGACUACCUCUCUGAGGCCGGCUACUAAACGUCCUCGCACUUUCGUGCACGCACUCACACGCCCACAUGUGUAGCGCACGCUCUCCUUCUCCUCUCCCUCCUCCCUGGUGGGGGGGGCAGUAGCAGAAUGCCGGCGGUGCUGCCCAUGUGUGCGUGUGUACACGUGUGCUCGUCCGUGUGUGGGUACCCUUUUCCC